UUUCUUUUAGACAGUUUGUUGGACCUGGAAGAAUAUUCCUUGAACUACAGUAGUGGAAUGAACUCCUCUCUGGAAUUUGUACUGAUCUGUUUCCCAGAGAUAAACAGCUGGCACAUCUCAGGUCUUCUCAUGUUCUUCCUCUCUGUUGCUCUUGUGUCCAACCUGACUCUGCUUCUUGUGAUUGCUGCAGAACCAAGACUCCACCAGCCAAUGUAUUACUUCCUGGCUAUGUUAUCAUUUGUAGAUGUGCUCCUUUGCACAGUGGCUACUCCUAAAGUCCUGACCAUCCUUUGGAAUGAAGACAAUACUAUCAGCUCAGCAGCUUGUUUCACACAGAUGUUCUUCAUACAUUUAUGGUCAUCUAUGGAGUCAUCUAUAUUUCUUGUGAUGGCAUAUGAUCGAUACGUUGCUAUCUGCCAACCUCUACAUUACCCCACUAUAUUUACAAACAAACUGGUAGCCAAAGCAAGCGCAUUUAUCAUUAUCAGGAACCUUGUCUUCUCCUUGCCUCUUCCCCUACUAGCAGCUAGUCUGGAUUACUGCUUCCUCAGAGACAUUCCUCAUUGCUUCUGUGAAAAUAUGUCAGUGGAAACGUUGUCCUGCAGCAGUUAUUCAGCCAGUAGUAUCUACAGCUUAGUGGUUUUCUUUGUAGUGGGAGGUGCAGACCUCCUGUUUAUCAUUUUUUCAUAUUUAGUAGUUCUAAGGGUUGUGGUGGUAUCUCGUUCCUGCUCUGCUGCCUUCAAAGCUUUCAGAACUUGCAGUUCCCAUCUUAUACUUAUUUGUUUUUUUUAUAUCACGAUUGCCAUCACAAUGGUUUCCAACCGAGCCAUCCAACAGAUCCCCCGCCACAUACAUGUGUUGCUCUCUCUCUUGCACCAACUUUUACCCCCAGCUUUGAACCCCCUUGUAUAUGGAGUUAUGACAAAGGAGAUCAGGCAAGCGAUAAGUAGACUUCUAGGAAGGAUUAAAGUGCAUCCUCACCUUGGUGCUUAGGGUGGUGCUCAGUGAUAGACUUCCAGUUCUCAACCACAGUCUGGAUAUUAUCACAAGAGACACAAAAUAUUCAGCCUAAAAUCUUAGGAUGAAACAAGGAAGGAAUUCAAAGGACAUGAAAUGAAAGACAUUUCUGAACAAGUCCAUCUCUUUCCCACUUUGAAGGGACAAUGGAAGUUAUUGAGGGUAACAGAGCUCUAAAUGGAUUUUAUGUUGCAAAACAAACCCACAAGAUUUCACUGUGUUGUCACAAGACCCCCUAAAGUUCUCUAAUUGUCAUGUUGUGCCUCUUUUGCUCAUAACACUAUUGCAGGUAUUUAAAAUAAUUGUCAUAAAUGUCACCCAUUUAUCCAACUGUUGUGUCAGGCUUGUGCUGAACAAUGAAAGUAAUGUGUUGUGUUGUGUAUGUAAUGCCAGUUGUGAGCAUUGUUCAUUUUACACUGGGAAACUGGGCAUUCUGGUGUUGUUCUACAGGCAGGUUGUCUAUCUGUUUAUCUAGCUAUCUCUCUAUUUAUAUUAUGUUCGACAGACAACUCUAUAAGGAGGAACUAAAACACUAAAUUGUAUCUGUGCAAACUUUGCCAGUA